AUGUUUUUCUUUACAGUGCCUACAUCGGACGUCCAGGGAGUUCUCGGCAAGAAGGCGUCGCUGCCAUGCGACAUUCAACCGUUGCAUUCAGACGACGCCGUUGUUAUGGUGCUCUGGUUCAAGGAGUCUGAUGGAGAACCACUUUAUAGUUAUGACAUCCGAGGUCGGUCGUAUAACCAGCCGAAGUUGUGGUCAUCUCCAACGGUAUUCGGAAACCGUGCAUUCUUCCGAGGUGGUGCAACGCCAGCGGUACUUUUGAUAGACAACGUGGCAGCGGUCGACGCCGGCGUAUAUAGAUGUAGAGUCGACUUUAAGAACUCUCCAACUAGAAAUUUGAAAGUCAACUUUAGUGUUAUAAUUCCCCCAAGCCGUCCGACGAUUUACGAUGCAAAGAGAAGAGACAGGACGAAACUGGUUGAGCCUUACAACGAAGGGUCCAACGUUUUGCUCAUUUGUGAGGUGGAGGGAGGUGUACCAAGACCAAGAGUGACGUGGUACCUAGAAAACGUUGUGAUAGACGAUUCGUAUGAGCAACGCUCCGACGGAGUCACAGUCAAUACACUUACGUUUCCCAAUGUCGGACGGCAACAUCUGAAUGCGCGACUCGUCUGUCAAGCCUCGAAUACUAAUCUAGCGCCGCCCGAAACUAAAGUACUGAUCCUGGACAUAAAUUUGAAACCGAUAACUGUGACAAUAUUGACAAAAGAGAAGCAAGUGUCCGCGGAUAAAAAAUACGAAGUAGAGUGUAAGACGUCAGGCUCCCGUCCGGAGGCGUCCGUCACUUGGUGGAAGAAUAAUAGACAACUCAAGCGAAUGGCGAAAAACUUCUCGGAAAACAACGAAACACUUAGUGUGCUUACCCUCGUACCUAGCAUGGAAGACGACGGUAAAUAUUUGACGUGCCGCGCAGAGAACAAACACAUACCAGAUUCAGCCAUCGAAGAUAAGUGGAGGUUGAACGUGCACUAUGUUCCUAUCGUUGAUCUCAAGAUGGGAUCCAAUUUGAACCCUAACGAGAUAAAGGAAGGGGACGAUGUUUACUUCGAAUGUACAGUGAAGGCGAAUCCGAAGACUCAUCGAUUAGUUUGGUUUCAUGACAAUACGGAGAUUUUUCACAACGAGGCGUCUGGCGUUGUUCUGAGUGCUCAGAGUCUCGUACUGCAGAAGGUCACUCGCUUAGCGGCUGGAGACUACACCUGCAUGGCUGCUAACAGUGAAGGGAAAGGGACAAGCAAUCCAGUCUCAUUACAAAUUCGAUAUGCUCCGGUCUGCGCCGAGAUGAAGGACAAUGAGCUGUACGGAGCUCUGAAGCACGAGACGGUAUCGCUUCACUGUGCGGUAGACGCCAAUCCCGCUUUAGUCUCUUUUCAUUGGACGUUCAAUAACUCUGGCGAACAGACUGAACUACCGCCGAGAUUGUACAAUAGUCACGGGAAUACGUCAACUCUAAACUAUACUCCCACUACGGAUAUGGAAUAUGGGACGUUGGCAUGUUUCGGAGAAAACGCGAUUGGCAAACAAAAGGUGCCAUGCCUUUUCCAGUUAGUAGUCGCUGGUCGUCCAUUCCAACUACAGAAUUGUUCAGUGGCCAACCAAAGUCUUGAUUCUUUGUAUGUCGAAUGCGUAGAGAACUUUGACGGCGGUUUGCCACAGACGUUCUUAAUGGAGCUGCUGGAAUUGCCUUCGCUUACGGUGCGCUACAACGUUUCCACGAACCGUACUCCGCCAUAUUUCGAAAUACGUGGAUUGCCGCCGGGCGUGAGUUACAGGAUCGACCUGUAUGCGGUCAAUGCCAAGGGUCGGAGCGACGUGUCCACUAUUGAAACCGUUACUCUUAGAGGACAAGCCAAAUAUACUGGUGAGAGCAAUACAUUGGGAAUGUCCCCAGUGCUAGCGUCGAUAGCGGCAAUGUCAGCUCUAUUAGCGACUGCUGUGUGCGGCAUUUUAGCCGUGCUGUAUCGCCGUCACGCCAACCGACAUCGGCACCUGCCCGCGAAGCACGCCCCACUGAGUGAAGCAAUGUAUGCGGACCGUACUGGACACUGUCCAACGCCCGUGAAGCAAGAAAUCGCGCCUCGAUCGAGUCCUAGUGAGGCAAGAGGACCACUUCUUCGGUCUCCGGAUUCGCGUGAGGCUGAUGAUGCUGACCCAGAUAUCAUACCAAGUCUUUAUGAGCGGAGGCCUGUGUCCAACGGUUACAUGAGUCUCCAACGCCCGCCAUCCACCAGCAAAAUAAGUAAGCCGAACGAAGAAGCGCGUACCGAGCCGGACGGUGGCGGGUUUUAUUCCGAGCUGCGGAAAAAAGAUUAUAAGAUACCUUUAACUAGUUCUUACCAUAGCUUAGGGCGCGCGAAUAAGGGCGUGAAUGCAUGUAGUCCGAGUGGCAGCACUGCGGUGACGUCGUCGCUAACAGCGCACCGCUUGCGGCCUGAAGUCGUCACCACAUCCCACCGGGUGCAGGAGAGCUGUAUAUAA